UUACAGCUCUGUGCCAUGUCUGUGAAGAGCCCAUCAGACCUGCUCAAUGAAAACACGUGCAUCCCACCUUCCCUGAACCUUGACCACCUCUGCUUAUCACAUGAAAGAAAGUUGGGCCUGACAGAGACUCGUGGGUCAAAUCCUUUCUCUCUAAAGAGUCAACUUAAUUACGGCAGCACAAACUCUCUCCAGCUCCUCAAAGGCAUUAUGGGAGGACUAGAUGAUGAUGAUGAUGUAUCCCUCCGGCACCAGGAAGAUGAAUGGAGCAGAAAUCAGGAGAAUGACCACAGUCUUCCAGGCUCUGAGAGCAACGCCAAGUGGAUGAAGGAAGAUCAGAAUCAAAUAUGCAAGUUAGCAGAGCAGCAGCAGCAAGACCAGAAUCUUAACCUGGUUGAAAACAAGAAUGAAUCCACUGACAGAAACCCAAACCAGAACUCACAGCGGCGCCAUGUAGAGAAGAACAAGACCCUGAAAGCGCUCUGCUCUGACCACAGUUGGGCAGCUGAUGAACCUCUUCUGAUUUACUCUUCUAUCACUCUGAUGGAGAAGAAUCAAGAAAACCAAGAGCAGACUAGAGACGAGGAAGUAGAGAGAGAGAAAGAGGAAAAUUUAAAUCCCAGUGGAGGCGAGAACACCGAUUCUUCUGAGAUUCAGAAGAAAGGAGGUGAAGGUGGCAGCAGAAAUGCUUGUUUGCUGUUCAGUAAGAACGGCAUUCCCAGCGACGAGGACUCCAGCUGCAUGUCGCUGUCACAGGGAAGCACUGCAAGCAGCACCCCAGAUGGAGAGCCAGAGUCCUACUGGGAUGGCAGUGCAUUUGAAACAGACACGGACCUGCCCGCUGGUUGGAUGCGAGUGCAGGACACAUCAGGCACCUACUACUGGCACAUUCCCACAGGUACCACACAGUGGGAGCCUCCUGGGCCCCUAGAGGAGAGACCAGCCAGCACAUCGCCUGCGGUCACACCUGCUGAUGAGCCACAGAUUACAUGGAGCGGUGUUUCUCAUCCAAACACAUUCAGUGAGGAAGAGCACUGGCAGGAGGAUGUGGCUUCUGAUGAAAGUCUGAAGGAGUUUGAGGGAGCGACUCUACGUUAUGCCUCCAUCAAUCUCAGUUUUUCUCAGUCUGAGGAGGAAGAGGAACAGACCUAUUUCAGCAGCAAUGAGGGGGCAAAGUGUUUUGCAGUGCGCUCUCUGGGCUGGGUGGAGAUAUCAGAAGAGGAGAUGGCUCCUGGCAGGAGUAGUGUUGCCGUUAAUAACUGUAUCCGACAGCUGUCCUACCAGAAACACAAUCUAGAUGACACCGCUGGCAUCUGGGGCGAGGGGAAGGAAAUGCUUCUGGUGCUGGAGAAUGAGACUCUGAACCUGAUCGAGCCUCGCGGUCGAACGCUGCUGCACUCUCAGCCGAUCAUCAGCAUUCGUGUGUGGGGAGUCGGACGUGACGAUGGCAGGGAGAGGGACUUUGCAUAUGUGGCACGAGAUAAGUUGACUCACGUGCUCAAGUGUCAUGUAUUUCGGUGUGACACCCCUGCAAAGAACAUCGCCACAAGCCUGCAUGACAUCUGUUCAAAGAUAAUGGCCCAGAGGAAGUCGUCCAGCAGACUGAACACUGACCCCUCAAGACUUAGGGACAUCCCCUUCCAGGAGUUCCCAGCUCCCAAGAACGAGCUGGUCCAGCGCUUCCAGGUGCGGUACUUGGGUCGUGUGCCAGUGACAAAGCCAGCUGGCAUGGAUGUGAUUAAUGUAGCAUUGGAGACUGCUCUUAACAGCAAAGACAAGGAGGAUUGGACACCUGUGAUUGUGAACGUGGCGUCCGCUACACUCACUAUUCUGACUUCUGAGACGGAGGAAGUUCUUUCUGAAUGUCGUGUGCGUUUCCUGGCAUUUAUGGGAGUUGGGAAGGAUGUGCACACGUUUGCAUUCAUAAUGGCAGAGGGACCUGGAGACUUCAUCUGUCACAUGUUCUGGUGUGAUCCAAACGCUGCAAGUCUAAGUGAGGCCGUACAGGCCGCGUGUAUGGUGAGUAAGGACGUGUUUGAUCUACAUGAUCAAAUCAAAUCAGUCAUAUAG